AAAACCGCAAAAAUACGAUAACAAAUGCGCAAUUUUUUUCUCGUAAGACUGCAAAGAUUGAGAAACUUAGAUCUAUCAAAAUUUUACAAUUCUGUAAAUCCUGUUUUGAUAUCACUGAUUCUGAUGAGGAGAAUAUAAAAAUGAAAAGACGGCAUUCAAGCAGCAGUUCACUUCCACGCAAGAUGUCACUGAGAACAUUUUCAAGGCAAGAGAAGUGUCUCUGUGAAACGAAGCCGAAAAAAUUCAGGAAAUCUUUUUACGACAUGACUUAUCAAGACGAAACCUGUACAGCUAUUGUUCAUACAACAGACGGUUGGAGAGUGCCUGUUUACUUCUUAGGUCUAUCGGCCAUUUCUAUGCCAAUGUAUGAGGCGUUCCUCGAAUCUUCUGAAAAGGUUGUCACGUUUAAUUUAUCUGUAAGAUUACUACAGAUUAUUUCAGAUCUGGCAUAUACUGGAGCUUGUGACAUUCAAAAGGAGGAAUUAGAUGAAGCAAUCAUUGUUGCCCACAAGUACAAAAUUUUCCAUCUAGGCUAUAUGUGCGGAGAAAUGUGUUUGAGCAACUUGCGCAUCACCAACGCAUUAGAGACUUAUCGAAAAUCGUCCCAGUUUCUGUGUGAACAUUACGCUCAAAAGAUCAAGAGGUUCGUCACUAGAAAUUUUUCCGAUUUGAUCAAAUUGGAUUCUUUCAAGGAAGUAACCCCAGAAGAACUUUGCAGUUUUGCUUCCGAGGAUGAGGCAUGUGUUAAAGAAAGCGAAAUUCUUGAGUUUAUUUUAUCCUGGGCUAAAACUAAUCGUAUUAAAACGAUAGAGCUUGGCAUGGUUCUAGAAUAUGUUCGGUUUACUAAACUGUCGCUCCACGAUUUCUAUUAUUUUGUCAACCUGGAUGCUAUGUCACCUUUCUGGCAGAAAACAGAGCUUGUCGAUUCCCUUGAGCGUACGAGAAAGCUUCAUGAGGCCCCUGUUGCAACCAGAAGAUCAGCCUCUCAGCGUAGUUUGCAUGUGGAGAGUAGUAGAAUACCUAGACAAAUUUUGCUUUGUAUGGGAGGAUGGGCUUCUCUUCCUGCUGGGCCAUGUAGGUUUAUAGAAACCUUUAAUCCACUGACAAACAGCUGGAAGGUUAUGGAUUUCUCUCUACCCUACUGCAGAGCAUAUCAUGGUCUAGAGGUGGUUGGAAACAAGGUGUACAUAAUUGGUGGAUAUGAUAGUAACGGACCCGUUUAUCACAAUUCUAAUUGGUGCUUCAACCUAACAACAAAGGAAUGGAACGAACUUUCUCCGAUGCUGGACAAGAGAUGUUACAUCGGAACAGUUCUAUUAGAGAAUCGUAUUGUUGCUGUCGGGGGACAUGAUGGCAGAAUGAGACAUAGGAGUGUAGAAGAAUAUGAUCUUGGGACCAACCAAUGGUAUACACUUCCUCAUCUCAAUACUCCAAGAUCAGAUCUGGCAGUUGUUGUUUUACAAAACAAAGUUUACGCUAUCGGUGGUUUCUCUGGACAGGAGGUUCUGAGUACUAUAGAAUGCUAUGAUCCAGUAUCCAAGGUUUGGGAGAUAGUAGGAUCUCUCCAAAGUCCUAGGUCAGGGAUAAAAGCUGUGGUAGUUGAUGAUAAGAUUUUUGUCCUCGGUGGGUUUAAUGGAACGGAUAGACUUAAGAGUGUGGAAUGUUUCUCUCCAGGUUUGAACAGACUUCUGUUCCAUGAUGUGCCGGAUAUGCUCCAAACCAGAUCAAACUACGCUGUCUCAGUUCUUGAAGGAAAUAUUUUUGUAUCAGGUGGGUUUUCUGAGCCUGCUGUUAUAGGAAAGUGUGAAUAUUACAACCCAACAACUAAUAGAUGGAACCUGGUUGAAAAUAUGAUUGUUGAGAAAUCAGCCCUCAGCCACAUACCUAUAUCAUAUCAGAACACUGAGAAUAUGUUUGAGUUUGUUUGAGAUUUUUUAUUCACAUAUUUUUUUAAACAAUAGUUUAAAAUUUUAGUUAACCUAGUUAUUAUGACUUUUAAUGUUUAAUUACAUA